AUGCUCCAACGCAUCAACGAAUCAAAAGCAACGCAGUUCUUUGUUCUUACGUCAGUUUUGCAAUCCAUCAUAGAUACAUCGUUAGAAACUCGAGUAUAUCUCCGUAAUAUGAAUGCUCGCAAAGAAUUGGAAAAUAUCGAAAGAUCAAAUCCAUAUAUUUGUGACAUCGAUCCUUCGAUAGCGAGAAUGAAAAAUAUCACCGAAGAAAACAUUAUUUUUAUUUCUUUUCAAAUCUUUCAAGUGUGGUUUUGUUUUAACGCGAUCUAUAAUCAAAAUACCAUUCAGAUCAUUACCAUCGCUGCAGUUAAUUUUUGUUGUGCCUGUUUAAGCAUUGUUCAACUUCUUGAAGUCAAAAAAUGGUACCAUGAUUUCGAAUUGGCGUGUUCCGGCCUAAAGUUAUCGGAAAGAAAUCAUCUCACUAAUGACAUACCGUUAAUAAUAACAUUAAUGGUAUUUGCUACCAUCAUAUCUUUACUAAGUUGGAAAUUAUAUCGUCAAUUUGGUUGGAAUAUCUAUAAAAAAAUCGGGGGUGACAUCUCUAUGCAAGCGAUAGAAUCAUGUUCAGUGUUCGGAAUAAUUUUGUCAGUCAAUGAUCAAGACGAUAAAGAUCUUCCAAAGGGAUUUUAUUUGGUUCAUAUAGGUGUAACGACUAUGAUUAUUAUAAAUCAAAUAUUGGGAUAUCGUUCGAUUAGAAAAGAAAUGAAAUUGGGCAUGAUAUUAGUAUGUUCAUUCUGGGUUGUUAUUAUUAUAGAUUUUUGUAUACUCUUAAAGUAUUCAAUAGGAACUGUUGCGGACAGUUGGUACUUUUACACUGUGUUUCUGUCCGUGGGAAUCACACUGAGUUUGCUAUCGUUAAUAUGGUCCGUACGCGUUAAAAAUAAUUUUGGAAAGGGACUACAAGAUCAUAUUGAUCAAGAAAUUAGAGAACCGAAAGCUGGAAAUAAUCCUUCCCUUAAAGACGUAAAAAAGCCCCACCAAUGGGUAAUUGAUGAUUGA